AUGGCUUUACAUCAGUUUGAUUACAUCUUCGCUAUUGCGAUGAUUUUUGCAUUCUUGGAUGCUUGGAAUAUUGGUGCCAAUGAUGUCGCUAAUUCCUUCUCCACUUCGGUCUCCUCGAGAUCCUUGAAAUACUGGCAAGCUAUGAUUCUAGCUGCCAUCAUGGAAUUCCUUGGUGCUGUAUUGGUUGGUUCAAGAGUUUCUGAUACCAUUAGAAAUAAGAUUGUUGAUAUUGACGUCUUUAGUGAAGAACCAGCAGUUUUGAUGUUGACAAUGGCUACUGCUUUAGUUGGCUCUUCAACUUGGUUAACCUUAGCCACAUCAAUUGGUAUGCCAUGUUCUACUACCCACUCCAUAGUUGGUGCCGUUAUUGGUGCAGCAAUUGCUGCCAAAGGUGGACAAAAUAUUCACUGGGGUUGGAAUGGUGUUUCACAAAUUAUUGCUUCUUGGUUUAUCGCUCCAGCUAUUGCCGGUUGUUUCGCCUCCAUUAUUUUUUUGAUUUCCAAGUUUGGUGUUUUGGAAGUAAAGAACCCAAGAACUUCAUUAAGAAAUGCUAUGAUGUUGGUUCCAUGCUUGGUAUUUGCUGCUUUCGCCAUCUUGACUAUGUUGAUUGUUUGGAAAGGUUCUCCCAAGUUGGGUUUAUCAGAUUUAGGAACAAGAACAAUUUGCGGUGCCAUUUUUGGGACAGCCGCUGUUGCAUUCGCAGUAUAUAUGUUGUUUGCAUUCCCAUUCUACAGAAGAAAAUUGGUACACGAAGAUUGGACAUUGAAAUGGUAUGAUAUUUUCAGAGGUCCAAUUUAUUGGUUCAAAUCAACUGACAAUAUUCCACCAAUGCCAGAAGGACACAAAUUGACUGAAGAUUACUACAGAGGUAGAAGAUAUGACGAAGCCGGAAACUUGAUUGAUGACAAUGGAAGAGUUGAAUCUGAAUCCGUAGAUGGUAAGUCCGACUCUCAUGAUGAAAUCAGUCAAGAGGAUAUUGAGAAAGUCCAAUCAAUCAACGUUCAAGAUAAGCACGUCCCUACCACCAAGCCACAAGAAAAGAAACACAAAUUCCCAAGAGGUUUCUCUAAAUACUGGGCCUUGGCCAAAGAGUCGCCAAAGAAUUGGCCAUUUUGCAUCCUUUUGGUUUUGACCCACGGUGUUAGACAAGAUAUUAUCACCAACCAAGCCGGUUCCAAAGAUAUGUUGGCAGGUAACUUGGCUAAAAUGCACACUGCUUCCAAAUACUACGAUAACAAGAUUGAAUUUAUGUACUCAUUGUUACAAGCCAUCACCGCUUGUACUAUGUCUUUUACCCAUGGUGCCAACGAUAUUGCAAAUGCUACUGGUCCAUUGGCUACUGUCUACUUGGUAUGGACAACUAACACCACUGCUUCAAAAGCUGAAGUUCCAGUUUGGGUCUUGUGUUACGCCGCUGGGGCUUUGGUCAUUGGUUUAUGGACUUACGGUUACAGAAUCAUGGCCAAUUUGGGUAACAAGUUGAUUUUGCAAUCUCCUGCAAGAGGUUUCUCUAUUGAGUUGGGUGCUGCUGUUACCACUGUUAUGGCUACUCAAUUGGCCAUUCCUGUUUCCACCACUCAAUCAGCUGUUGGUGCAACUGUCUUUGUUGGUUUAUGUAACAAGGAAUGGAAAACUGUCAACUGGAGAAUGGUUGCUUGGUGUUAUCUUGGGUGGAUCUUUACUUUGCCAAUGGCUGGUUUGAUUGCGGGUUUACUAAAUGGUAUCAUCUUGUACGCCCCAUCCAAGGGUAUCACAUACACCAUGGGUUAG